AUGUUUGUCAGAAAAUUCAUCAAAAGGCCACAGAAAGAGAAUUACCAGGUUUUCAAAAAAUGGAGGAGAUUUAAUAUACGUGGAUUUUGGAUUCCAACCAUAUACAAUGUCAGAAAAAAGUUCUUUUUGAUCCAGAAACACAUGAAAACAAAUGCAGGCUUAUUGAAUAUUUUAAUUAUUCAGAUUGUAGGAUUGACCGCUUCACCUGGCAUUGGCAAUGCCAAAAAUGUAGGGGAGGCCAUAGACUACAUCUGCAACAUUUGUGCUUCCCUCAAUAUCGAAGUGAUCUCAACGGUCAGAAAGAACAUAAAGGACCUGGAAGAAAUUGUUCCUAAACCUGAAAAAAUUAUUAAGCUUGUUGGGACUCGUCCACAGAAUCGCUUUGUAGAUAUUGUGUCUCAGAUGAUGUCAAAAGCAGAGGAUCUAGCAAGACAAUUUCAUCCUAUUGAUAACAUGUCUGUGAUGAAGAAUCAAUGUUACGGGACCCAGAAGUAUGAGCAGUGGAUAGUCGAUGUGCAGAAAAAAGCUGUGGUGUUACAGUUGCCAAAUAAGGAAGAAGAAAGCCGAGUCUGCAGGGCUCUUUUUAUUUGCACACAGCACCUCCGGAAAUACAAUGAUGCCUUAAUCAUCAAUGAAGACGCCCGAACCAAAGAUGCUUUGAUUUAUCUGAAGGAUUAUUUUGAGGAUACCAAAAAUGGCAACUUCGAUAAUAUUGAACAGCAUCUGGCUUCAAAUUUCGAAGUUAAUUUGCCAGAACUCACAGCUGCUUCCGAGGAUGAAUCCAAUGAAAACCCUAAAUUGGAAGAUAUUACAGAGAUUCUGGGAGAGGUAUAUCAUGUCAACCCUGAGACACGUACCAUUCUCUUCGUGAAGACAAGAGCACUGCUGGCAGCAUUGAAGAAUUGGAUAGAAGAAACACCUGAACUUAAGCAUCUGAAGCCACAGGCACUGAUGGGACGUGGGAAAAGAAACCAUUGCACAGGCAUGACCCUCCCAAAUCAAAAGGGGACUUUGGAUGCCUUCCAAACCAAUGGGGACAGCAAGCUUCUAAUAGCAACGUCAGUUGCUGACGAAGGGAUCGAUAUUGCUGAGUGCAACCUGAUCCUGCUUUAUGAAUAUAUAGGCAAUGUCAUCAAAAUGAUACAAGUCAGAGGUCGUGGAAGAGCAAAAGACAGCAAGUGCAUUCUUGUGACGAGCAAAAAAGAACAGGAGGAGAAGGAGAGAUACAAUUUAGAAAAGGAGCAAAUGAUGAACAGAGCUAUUGAAGAGGUACAGAGCUGGGAUGAAAAGAUCUUUGCACAGAAGAUAAACGUAUUUCAAAAGCAGCUAAUAAAAAUGCUAGAUUCCAAGAAAAAACCGACAGAAUCAAAACCCUGGAAAAACAAUAGAGUUCUCUUGUGUGGCAAAUGCAAGAAUCAGGCCUGCAGUACGGAAGAUCUCCGGGUGAUUGAGGACUCGCACCAUACUGUUUUGGGCGAGAAAUUUAAAACACGGUAUAUCACAGAACCUCAUAAGAAGGCACGCAACUACGGGAAUUUUGAGAAAAAAUUCAAGAUGUAUUGCACCAACUGCCAUCACGACUGGGGAAUCGUUGUGAAGUACAAGACCUUUAACAACAUGCCCAUCAUCAAAAUUGAGAGCUUUUCCGUGCACGAUGUUGUUAGCAACAAGCAGAUUCAUUUCGGAAAAUGGAAGGAUGUGGAUUUUGCAAUGAAAGACUUCGAUAUUGAAGAAAUGUCUGAGUGAAGUGCUGCCUAUUCAAACUUCUGUUUAUAAUCUUGCACGAUCUAGUUAAUUCUGCUUUUAAAGUCAAAUUGGUAACCGGGGUACCAUUAACUUUCCAGUUAUACUCCGGUGUAAAUUCAAACUCCAAGCUAGCUUUGCCAUCUGUCUGACUCUUAGCAUGCUUCCAUUAAUCAAUGUUUCUUCAAAAAAAAAAAAAAGCUGAUCUGUUGCCACCGCUGUCUUUUGAUUAUGCAAUUUAAUAACAAAGGUAUAUAUUUGAAA